CUCGCUGCCAGCUGCAAGCUUCGUGCCGCGUCGCCUUGCCGCGCGUUCUUUGUCGUGGCGCGUUUUGCGCGCUGUGUUGUGUCGUGUGCUCUACCCGUGCCGCGUGUGCGUGUGUGAUCUGUGUAGUGUCAGUGCAGUGCCUCAAAAGCAUCCCUCACCUCCGUGCCGAGACGCCAGCGCUGCCAACAGUCCGCAUUUUUUCUAAGGUCAGCAAACACAGUGCCGUGAAGACUAGCCAGCGCAGAUAAUGAACCGGGAAGCGGGACACAUAAACGAAGCGUUCGCAGACAACGAUGAGUACAUCACCAAGAUACCGGACGACAGAAACUACGUGGAGAUCGACCUCACUGACAAGGGCAGCGGGGGCGGCGGCGGCACGGGAGGCGAGCCCGGGGGCGGCGGGGGCGGAAGCUCGCAGCUCGGCGGCGACGGCGGGGGCGGCUCGUCGGACGCGCGCUGUGGCUGGUGCUUCUUCCGGCCGCGCCUGCUGCAGCGCUUCCGCACCGCCAAGUGGGUCCUCUUCUGGCUCUGCUGCCGGCGCCAUGCAAGGCAUGGUGGUGAACGGGUUCGUGAACGUGGUGAUCACGACGAUCGAGCGGCGCUUCGGGCUGCGGUCGUCGCAGUCGGGCCUGGUGGCGGGCGGCUACGACAUCGCGUCGUUCGCCUGCCUCGUGCCCGUCACCUACCUGGGCGGCCGCGCCGGCGCCUCCAAGCCGCGCUGGCUCGGCGCCGGGGUGGCGCUCAUGGGGCUCGGCUCGCUGCUCUUCGCCGCGCCGCACUUCGCCGUCGGGCCCUACCGGGGCGCCGCCCACCGCGCAGACACCUGCGCGCCACACAACGCCACCGACGCUCUGGGCUCGUGCCGCGAGCAGUCGGCUGAGUCGGAGCACCUGUCGUCGUACGUGUGGCUGUUCCUGCUGGGCCAGCUGCUGCACGGCGCCGGCGCCUCGCCGCUCUACACGCUCGGCGUCACCUUCAUCGACGAGAACGUCUCCAAGAAGAUGUCCUCCGUCUACCUGGGCAUCUACUACACGACGGCCAUCAUCGGGCCAGCGCUGGGCUACGUGUUGGGAGGACAGCUGCUCAAGAUCUACACCGACGUCCUCACCGUCAACCCGGCAGAGAUGGGCCUGACGCAGGACAGCAAUGUGUGGGUGGGCGCCUGGUGGAUCGGCUUCGUGCUGGCCGCCUUCGUCUGCCUCGCCCUCGCCGUACCGCUGCUCGCCUUCCCGCCGGCCUUACCGGGCUCGGCGGCGCUGCGCGCGCAGAAGGUGUCGGAGGCGCACGGCAACUGCCGCGUGGAGGCGUUCAGCAAGGUGCGGGAGAUGCCGCGCGCGCUGCGCCACCUCGUGGCCAACCCCACCUUCUUCUUCCUGAACCUGGCCGGCGCCAGCGAGGGGCUGCUCAUCGCAGGCUUCGCCGCCUUCCUGCCCAAGCUCAUCGAGAACCAGUUCAGCGUCAACGCCACCUGGGCCGCCAUGCUCAUGGGCCUGAUCACGGUGCCGGCGGGCGGCGGCGGCACCUUCCUGGGGGGCUACCUAGUGAAGCGGCUCAGCCUGCACUGCGCCGGCAUCAUCAAGCUGUGCGUGGCAGCCACGCUGGUCGCCGCCGGCUUCACCGCCUGCUUCUUCCUCACCUGCCCCAACCUGCGCUACGCGGGCAUCACCGCGCCCUAUGCUGCAGACAGGAGCUUCCCCAGCAGCAGCAGUCCUGUGACAGCAUUGGGGUUGGAUAGUUCUUGCAAUGCCCAGUGUGGGUGCAGUGCUGCCCAGUUUGACCCAGUGUGUGGUGCAGAUGGUGUCAUGUACUACUCACCUUGCUACGCUGGCUGCCGCAGUGAGGUGCUCCUCUCCAAUGUUAAGGUUUAUACGGACUGCGCUUGUAUAUCAGAUGCAGGACGCAAUCUUACAGACCUGUGGCCAGAAGCAGGGGAGGGCUACUUUCAAGCAGAAAAUCGCAUGUGUGCCUCAGAAUGCCCCUACCUUUGGCCAUUUGUUGUCCUUGCAUUUUGCACCAUGUUCUUCACAUUCCUCAGCACAAUGCCAGCUCUUUCUGCAACACUAAGGUGUGUGCAGGAUGAUCAGCGUUCUUUUGCCCUCGGAAUACAGUGGAUAAAGGUACGACUUAUUGGUACCAUACCUGCACCAAUGGUAUUUGGUGCCUUAAUUGAUGAAACUUGCCUCCAGUGGUUUGAGAGUUGUCACGAAAGAGGUGCUUGUCAGGUGUAUGACAAUACUUACAUGGGAAGAUACAUGCUUGCACUGGCUUUCAUAGGAAAGGCAGCAUCCCUACUGUUUUUCUUCUUGGCAUGGUGGUUUUAUGUUCCUCCCUCAGGCCUAAAUCAGGCUUUGCAAGCUGCAACUCCAACAUCUCCAGACACAAUGCAAGAUGGACCAGGAGUUAUACAUACCAUCAGUAUGAAUGGGCACACAAAUCAUGCUCGAGAUAUUGACUGAUAUUAAAGAAAACCUUUGAUUCUAGGACUGAAUAACAGACGGCCAAUGUUGGUCAGUAUUUUGCUGCUGGAUCUUUGAGUACUUCUCAUAGUCCAUGCUAAGGUGCAAUGUUCUCUGUAAAAGUCAUAUGUCAAUGACUAAACAGGCAGCUUCCUACUUAUUUUUUGAAUGAACCCGUCCACAAUGUUGUCAACAGUGAAGACUAAAAGCAGUAUUUUAUUUAUUAUU